AUGGGCAAAAAAAAUAAAAAACAAAAUAAUAAAGAAAGUGAUCCAAUUGUUAAACAAAUUAAGAAAAAAAAACCUUUAGCUAUUAAAAAAUAAGAUGAAGUAGAAGAAAUCACUGAUGAAGAUAAUUCUGAGUAGUAAAAUGAAGAUGAAUAAAUUUUUGAUCAUGUGGUUGAUUUUAAAAAAAGUAAUGAAAAGCCUUCUCAUUAUUAAAAUUUACUUAAAAAACUAAAUAUUAAAUAAUAAUAAGCUGAUGAUAAUUAUGGAAACUCAGAGUCUGCUAAAUUGAAUAUCAAAUAAGAAAAUAAGACUAUUUAUGCAAAAAUGAAAAAAUAUGAAAUAGUUAAAGUACCUAACACAAAUCCAUUUUCACAUUUUGAAUAUGAUUAUUAAGAAUUGAGAAGAACUAUUUGUUUAGGAGAAAUCGAAAUUGAAUAACCUGAAUAACUUAAUGCUUUUUUUAAGGAGAAAACAACUAAACUUGUUCACACUUUAAAUAAUGGAAUUGAGUUUAAAAAAUAUGAACUAAAUAAAUUAUUUAAAAACAAAACUUUAAUUGAUAUUAAUUGUAAAAGAGAAGAUUAUAAUAUUGAGAGCUUAUCCUAAAGGUAAUUAAUAAAAGAUGAUAAAUUUUAAUUGCCUGUUGUGAUAGAUUUAGAGGAUGAAAAAGAAUUAAUAUAGACAAAUCUAAUUUCUAGUUAUUUUGAUUACAUUGAAACUGAUCCUGAUGAAUUAAAUGCUGAAAAAUUUAGAAAAACAUAUAUUAAUCAUAUCGUAAAUCAUUUAAGUAAAGAAAAGGAAUCUUAUGGAUUUACAAGAUGUAAAAUACUAAUAUUAACAGCCUUUAAAGGAGAUGCAAUAUCAAUAAUUAAUUAGCUCAUUUAAAGUGAUAAAGAAAUAGUCAAUAAAGAAAGAUAUGAAAAUGAAUUCUGUGAUGAAGAGAGACUAGAGGAAGAUGAUUUUAGAAUUGGAAUACAAUUUUCAAGGCAAGGUUAUAUUAAAUUACAUUCAAAUUUUGAUAAAUCAGAUAUUAUAGUUACAUCUACUUUAGGAAUGAGAUUGAUAAUUGGAACAUAGGAUUAGUAACAUCGAGAAACUCAUUUUCUGUCUUCUAUUGAAAUAUUAGUAAUAGAUAGAGCCUCUUCUAUUUAUAUGUAGAAUUGGACUUAUCUAGAAGAUAUAUUAGAAGUCACUAAUCUAUUGCCAAAUCAUAAAAAUAUUACUAGUGAUUUGAGUAUGAUAAGACCUUACUGUUUUGAAAACUUAUCAAAAUUUUAUAGAUAAAAUAUAGUUUACACUGAUCAUUACUUUUAGGAAUUAAAUUAUCUCAGAAAAUAAUACUUUUUAAAUUAUAAAGGAUGUAUUAGUAAUAAAAUUUACUAUAAUUAAUUAUUUCAGAAAUCAGUAAACUUUUAAUAAGAAUUUAGAUAAAUUGAUUGUUCUACAAAUGAAUAAUAAAUUGAAUAAAGAUUCAAUCAAUUUAAAAAACUUUGGAAUGAUAUUGAAAAUAAUAAAAGUUCAUAAUUUAAAAAAACAUUGAUAUUUGUUCAAUCUUAUUUUGAUUUCGUUGCUUUGAAAGGACAUUUCAAAAGAAUUAAUAGUAAUUGUGAAUGUGUAAGUGAAUAUACAAAAAAGAACAAAGUUCAGAGUAUAAUUAGUAAAUUUAAAGAUGGUAGAAUAUAAUAUAUACUAAUAACAGAAAGAGCAUAUUAUUUUGAAAUAAUUUAACUUAGAUAAAUGAAAAAUAUAGUUUUUUAUUAAUUACCUCAACAUUCAAUCAUAUAUAAGUAAUUGAUUUAAAGCAUAGAAAAUCUAGGAAAUAAAACAUAGAUAAUAACUUAUUAUAGUAAAUUUGAUGCAUAUCAACUUGAAACAAUUGUUGGAACAUUAAAGGCAGAAGAAAUGAUUUCAGAAUAAAACAAGAGAACUACUUUUAUUUUAUGAUAGAC